UACUACGAGAGACCUAUCUAUAUCCUUUAUUUCUUUUCUUCUCUCUUCUCUCCUCGAACGGUGACAAACCAAGCAAUCACUCAACCAAAGUAAAGAAGAAGGAAUCAAGAAAAGAAAAUGUCCACAAAAGCCUACAUCCUCGUCUACGAAGGCACCCCUCUCGAUUACACCGAAUACCGCCACACAGCCCUGCACUUCGUCUUCGCGCAGGGCUCCUCCCGCACGAUGCACGUCGUCGGCACCCAAGGCCUCUUCGAGUUCGAAGAAGGCGUCGACCAGGACCCCCGCGAAGGCGGCGAGCUCGUCCGCAUGAUCCCCGUCGCCGACAUCCCUCGCUCUGUCGCCGGGCCCGCCAUCAAGAAGGCUGUCUCCGCCACGCCGGUCAAGAACGGUCGUGCGGAUCUGGAGUGGAAUUGUCAGAAUUGGGUCGGCGAUGCGCUGGCGCAGAUGGUUGAGGGGGGCUUUUUGACGGCUGCGGAGAGGGCUGCGGCGAUUGAUUCGAUGGUGGAUGUUUGUUUGGAGGCGAAGGAUGAUUGAUCCUGAUCUUUUUUUUUUCUACCUUUCGAUCUUUCUCUUUGGGAUUUCUAUUUG